GUUAUCCACUCUGUAUAACUUAAGAGUCUAUCAUGCCCCCGUCUACAAUGUAUCCUCUUCGAUGAAAAUAUCCAGCCAUCUAAAUUAAAUAUUCACUGCAUUCCAAAUAUGUCUCGUCAGAUCAGGAGUGUUUCACUCACUGGUCAAGCUGCGACAGACUACCCGCCCGGCGGCCCGCCUCCCUUUUAUGAGGAUCCGUUGGCAGGCCUCACUGCAUCCUUGUCCCGCCACCCUAGCACGCCAGGCGAAACGGUCCUGUGUAUCAACGAUGGCGCACAACUCUGGCAGUUGGAGCGUGACAGGUGGCUUCGCAUCUUCUCUGCAGCCAAAGUUGCAGCGUCGUUACUCAAAAUCGCGACAAAGGCAGUCCGGGUGGCAUUGGUAACGACCGCCGAUGACCAGCUGCAACUCAUCCCUCUGCACGGACUGGACGGCACGUGGCAGCCUGUAACGUGCGACGAGCUGGAGGAAUGCAGAGACGUCUAUCCAGGCUACAUUACUUCGCGAAGUGCUGCCCGCAUCAAGCCAGGAGACCUGUCUGCGGUACAAGCGAGGAUCACAAGCUCUCCAGACGGCAUCGAUCCUAUUGAUGCGACGUUUCAUGGGGACAGCGCUGAUAAGCACCUCUUUGCCCGUAUCGUGAGAGGCGAAGAAGAACAAUGGCGGUUGUGGCAGAGCCCCUCGCAUGUAGCCUUCCUAACUCCCUUUGGCAAUACUCCUGGCUUCACGGUAUUGAUCCCCCGCAAACAUCUGGAUAGCGAUAUAUUUGCUCUACCUGACGCCGAGUAUCGAGCACUCGUGGAUGCUCUGUACGACGUGGCUGCUCUUUUGAGGCGCAAGCUGCAUGUGCCACGCGCAGGCAUCGUCUUUGAAGGCAUGGAGCUCGAUUAUGCUCAUGCCAAGCUGAUCCCCAUCUACGAGCAAGCCCCAGGAGCGUCAGAAAAAUCACCUCCUCAGCAGACAUAUAAGCAGGUCUACGAAGGCUACGUGAGCUCACAACCCGGCCCAGAAGCCGUGACGGAGACAUUACUCCCAUUGACGGUGGCACUGCAAGUUCUUGCAGCCCAAUGAAAUGAGCUGUCGUUUGAAAUGACAUGGGCAUCCAUUCCUCUUUGCAAGAUACAUAUAAUACGCUGAGAUAUCUAAACCAAGAACACAAAAAGGAAUAGAAGAGGAGAAGAAAAACGGCACAGUCGUUCAUUAACAACAUAUAAAAAAAAACUUGCAAGC